UGCAACCCUAAAACAACAAAACAGCCGUUCACGUAAACCCUUCCCCUCUUCAAGACUCACCUCGCUUAUCGAACUCCCUGCCUCCGGCGCUGCAUUCCGCCGCCGAUACCAGUCUCCGGCCACCUCUCCUUUGCUUCAAACCUCAACUGUUCACUGCGAAACUGAACUAUAUCCUUUUUGCAACUUCAAUCAUGACUUUACUGGAACUCAUUAAGGAUGCUGCUGUCAAUUCCAAAUCACUUGAUUUACAUUCGGAUUAUCCGGUUGUUCUCAAUCCAGAUCCUAUUUUGCCUAAUUUGAAAUCUGAACUUAAAGAUGAAUCUUCCUCGUACUCGAUCAAACCUCUCAGUGGAUGGAAAAUUUCACAAACGGAUACCGAAAUCAUUGAGAUCAACAAAAAGUUUGCUGAAGAGCUUACAACAAAGGUCAAGGGAACCAAGGAUUUGAAAAAGAGCAAGUUUAUUGUUUGUUUGGUUUCCUAUCUUGAAAACAUCAGGGAGAAAGUUGGGGUUUCGGUUGAGAUUGGUGAUUCAUCUGGUAGUGGUCAUUGCAAGAUUUUGAUUAACAAACUUGGAUCUUUCAUGGGUAAAGACGUUGCUGGUUUGAUUUUGGAUGGGUGUGUUUCUUUGGAGAUAUGGGAAUUGGUUGAAGCUUUGAUUGUUAAUGGUCUUAUUGUGAAUUCAUGUUAUGCAAACUUGGUUGCUAAGUUAGUGGAGAAAAAGAGGUCUGAUUUGAUUUGUUUGUGUUGUAAGCAUGCUUUUGAUCUUGGUUCGUCAGAAAUAUUCACCAUUUUGAGGUACUUUCUUUCUCCGUCCAAAGAUGCUCAUAACUCUAUGGCAUAUGUAAAGAAGGAGUGGGAGAAUCAAGCAACGUUGGCCAUUGAGAAAGCAAGUGAUAGCAACCUCAAGCAGAAGAAUUCACUUGUUGCAAAGGAGGCUUCCAUUUUGUUUAUGAUGGCAUAUGAUGGUUUCUCUGCACCUGAACUUUGUUUGCAUUAUUUGAUUGCAUCGCCGAACAUCAACAAUGCGAUGUUAUCCCCUGCGUUCAAUAAGCUGAAUGGCAAAGAGUUGUUGAAUUUGAUUCGCUAUUUAGCAAAGUGGGUGAAGAAAUAUGAGAGAUUUCCUCAAGCUGGUCCAUGUCCAAAAGCCUCGUCGGUUUUAGGUUUGAAGGCUUGCGAUUGGAUUCCUAAACUUGAAGAUGUUGUAAAAUGUCUUGGUGUUGUGCUUGAUGAGAAUUUUUCUUCAUUGGUGUUACAUCCACAGUUUCACGAAGAGUUGAGAUCAAUUGAAGGACUGGUUAGUUCUUUAACAGCUGAAGCCAAAACUUGUUACAUGAUGACUGUUGUGACCGAUAAACUAAAGAUCGAUGGGACUAAAUGAUCUGAACAUUCGCUUGGUGUAUGGCUAAUUAUUUCAUGUCUGUAGACUGCAAAUUAAAGGAAGAGGAAAUAUCUACCAUUGAGGUGGUGAAAAUAUAUUGAUUUAUGAGCUCAAACUAAUUUUUGUGUUGUGGUGAGUAAGCUCGCUGGUUCUUUAAACCUUUUAGCCUGGAAGUUUAUCGUGUACUCCAAUGGACCCCAACUGGUAAACUUGCCAUUUACAUGUGUUGGUUAUGGCAGAGUUCAAUCAUGUGUAAUAGAAAAACAAAUUUUGAUGAUCUGGUAGUGGUUAGAACCCGAGCAGAGCAGUCUUACAGGCUGAACUGCAUAUGUAACCGUUCCUGUUGCAACUUUGUUCACUAUGGCGAAAUUCAUUACUUGUUUUUUGGUAGCUUAAA